AUGCCAAUUGUUGUACGUCAUGCUAUUAUGAGACUCAUUUCUUGUUAUCCAGAAAUUCAAUCACAAGCUCUUGUUACACCAACAGAUUUAUCCCUCUUGUAUCAAUUGAAUGACAUGAUGGUAUUCUAUCCAAUAAGAGAUAAGGUUUUGGAAUUUUGGUUCCAAGGUGACAUGGCUCCUCAACAAUGGUGGUUCAAGUCAAGUCCAACCAUUGAUCAAGGUAUUAAGAAAUUAUUCGAAUCCCAUGUUGCUGCCCUUUCCAAUAAGCUUGAACUUCUCUUUGAAAAGUCAUUCGAAGAAAUUGAUGCAGUUUUGAAGAAGCAAUCUAAGGAAACCUUGCUAUCUGCUAUGAUCAUGUUGGAUCAAUUUCCAAGAAAUAUGUACAGAAAUAGUGCAAAGAGUUUUGCUUUUGAUGAUGUUGCAGUCAAGCUUUCAUUAUGGUGUAUUGAAAACCAAAUUGACCAACAAUUUGAAUUCCCAUUACAAAAGAUCUGGUUCUACUUCCCAUUAGAACACGCUGAAGAUGCAGAAUUACAAGACAUGUCAUGCGAACUUUUUGGUAAACUCGUUGAAGAACAUGAAGCUAUGGCUCUUUUCAAUAAGUAUGCUAUUAACCACAGAGAAGUCAUUCAAAAGUUUGGAAGAUUCCCAUAUAGAAAUAAGGCCUUAGGAAGAGAAAGUACUCCAGAAGAAAUUGAAUAUCUAGAAAGUCAAUAA